AUGUUCCGUGCCGUUGAAGCGUCUCCCGGGACAGAGGUACACUUCUACUGUAGCUCUGGUGGAAAUGCAGGCCUCGCAUGCGCAACCUCCGCCAUCGCGCUCAGUCGAAAGGCGACUAUCGUUGUACCGCUGACCACACCGGCGCAUAUGAUCGCCAAGCUCCGGGACCUGGGCGCCGACGUUAUUCAAAUCGGCGCGAACUGGGCAGCCGCCGACCGCCACUUGCGCGAAGAGUUACUGGUCAACCACGAUCCCAAGAGCAAGGGAGUCUAUGUCCCACCCUUUGACCAUCCAGACAUCUGGGAGGGUGCGGCCACGCUGGUAGAAGAGCUCACACGGCAGGUCGAUGCGCCCAUAGAUGGCAUCGUAUGCAAUGUUGGAGGGGGAGGUCUCCUAUGCGGCAUCAUGGAGGGUUUGGAAGGCCUCAAGAGCCGAAACAGCUGGCAGGCCGAGGCGCCGGUGCCGCGAGUGCUGGCGAUCGAGACCGCUGGCGCCGACAGUCUGUACGCGUGCGUCCAGGCGGGCGAGAUGGUGACGCUUCCAAAGAUCACAUCAAUCGCGACGUCGCUGGGCGCGACCCGGGUGGCAGAACAGGCAUUUAAGUGGACGCAGCGUGCCGGAGAUGGCCUUGUUUGCUCGGUACUCUCAGAUGCAGACGCCGUGAUGGGCUCUGCUCGCUUCUUAGAUGACGCGCGCAUAUUCGUCGAAGUCGCUUGCGGUGCCACAAUCGCAUCAGUAUACAAUGGCUCACUUCGCACGAACCUGGGAAAUGGACUGUCGGAUGAGGAGUGGGCUAAGAAGAAUAUUGUUGUCGUGGUCUGUGGUGGCUCCAAUAUCAAUCUGAAGAUGCUUGAGGACUACAAGGCAAAGUACGGCGUCUGA